CAGAGAGACACAACUCACAAGUCAUCGUCACUCAUGUUUCGUGUCAUCCAACCUACACAAUAAAGAGAAAGACACGGAUAUACGACAUCGCAUGCAAUAUCCAAAACUUAAGUUCACAAUCUUAGUGCGCUUUACAUCCUUAACCUUGUUCUCAACUCCUCACACCUCAGAUCAGAUCCCUAAAAUAUUUAUCCUCAAAUCCCUUUUUACUAUUAUAUAUUUCUGCACCCAAUAGAUCGUUUGUGCUACAACUGUGAUUAAGGAUUUUGGAUUGGUCUUUGGUUAAGUUUCACUUUCAGGAAUUGAAUUUCAGAGAUUUUUUUGACAAUGGCAACGAAUUCUUCUAAUGGAGAGCACCAAACAACAACAAAGCAACCUCCCCUGCCAUCUCCUUUGCGAUUUUCCAAGUUCUUUCAGUCCAAUAUGAGAAUUUUGGUCACUGGAGGAGCUGGAUUUAUUGGCUCUCACCUAGUUGACAGGCUGAUGGAAAAUGAAAAAAACGAGGUAAUUGUUGCUGAUAACUUCUUUACUGGAUCUAAAGACAACCUUAGAAAAUGGAUUGGUCAUCCAAGAUUUGAGUUAAUUCGUCAUGAUGUCACAGAGCAACUGUUGGUUGAGGUUGAUCAGAUCUACCAUCUUGCAUGCCCUGCUUCUCCGAUUUUCUACAAAUACAAUCCUGUAAAGACAAUAAAGACAAAUGUAAUUGGAACAUUGAACAUGCUUGGGCUUGCAAAGCGGGUGGGAGCAAGGAUUUUACUUACAUCUACUUCAGAAGUAUAUGGGGACCCUCUUGUGCAUCCACAACCAGAAAGCUAUUGGGGCAAUGUUAACCCUAUUGGGGUUCGGAGCUGCUAUGAUGAGGGCAAGCGUGUGGCAGAAACUUUGAUGUUUGAUUAUCAUAGGCAGCAUGGAAUAGAAAUACGCAUUGCCAGAAUCUUUAACACAUAUGGACCACGCAUGAAUAUUGAUGAUGGGCGUGUUGUCAGCAACUUUAUUGCUCAAGCAAUUCGUGGUGAGCACCUAACAGUCCAACUUCCAGGAACACAAACUCGCAGCUUCUGCUAUGUCUCUGACAUGGUUGAUGGCCUUAUACGACUUAUGGAAGGGGAACACACUGGUCCUAUCAACAUUGGGAACCCAGGUGAGUUCACAAUGAUUGAACUUGCUGAGAAUGUGAAGGAGCUUAUUAAUCCAAAUGUGGAGAUAAAGAUGGUGGAGAACACUCCAGAUGAUCCUAGGCAAAGAAAACCAGACAUAACAAAAGCAAGGGAAUUGCUUGGAUGGGAACCAAAGGUCAAGUUGCGCGAUGGCCUUCCUCUUAUGGAAGAGGAUUUCCGUCUAAGGCUUGGGGUUCCCAAAAAGAACUAACUCAACUUGGUUUUGCUCCUUCAUUUCAUUUCAUAAUGGAUAUUUGGGUAAUAGUUGGGAUGAGUUUGUCAGUAUUAAGAUAUUUCAAAUUGAGCAUUAUGGUGAGAAAGGUUGGGGGUUGCUUCAAAUCUGUUGCGUUGUUUUUUUUCCCUCUCCCCCUUUACCCUUUUAUAUUUCAUUUUAUGUUAUUCUUGGCCAUGUAAUGGCAGAGAAUAUAUCAUAUAUGAUUGCUUGUCACUCCAAAUUUUCCUCUUGGGAAUGUAUUGAGUCGAAUUUUCUUAUAAAAGUAGCGCCUUU